AUGCCAACACUUACGUUAUCUUUUACAGAAGGCAAAACGUUAUCAUUUUACGUGAAAGCUUGCGACAAGGGUAACCCUCCACUUUACGAUGAAGUCCCUGUAAUGAUCGAUAUCGUGCCUCGUCGACCGACACAACCGCUGUUUCUGCAGAACAAUCCUGUAUUGCGGAUUGGCGAAAAUGCCGAGGUGGGCACGUUGGUUGGCCAUCUGAGGUUCACCUCUUACCCGCAGUACAGCGCCGAAAUCGUCAACGACAGACACCGCCGCAUCAAACAAAACUUCAACUUGCACCCAAACGGUAGUUUUUACGUAGCCGGGCCACUCAACCGUGAGGUGACUCCGUUCUAUCGCUUCUAUGUCGCUCUACGAGAUGCGGCUGCUGGCUCCUCCGCGUCCCCUUACGUUGCCAUGACCUCGGUGACGGUCAUUCUGCAGGACGUCAACGACAACAUCCCAAGCUUCGGUACUGAAAAUCUGAAAUUGUUUUUGCCAGAGGAUAUUGCCGUCGGAGCUGCCGUUUUCAAAGUUCACGCGGAUGAUGCUGACGUUGAAGACGCCGGUCGAGUGACUUAUUCGUUUCAUGGCCAGUCAGGACCGUUCAGAAUUGAAGCUGAUUCUGGCUGGAUCUUCUCGACGGCCAGACUUAACAGGGAACGCGUCGAUCGUUAUAGCCUGAACAUCACGGCUGCAGAUUCAGGUACACCGCCACUGAAGUCUGUGCUUCGCCUGCUGAUCGUUGUGCUGGACGUGAAUGACGAAGUUCCACACUUCGAUCGCUCUGUCUACAACUUUUCCGUUGAUGACCGGACUCCGGUGGGUACCAUCGUUGGAGCCGUUCACGCGACCGACAAUGACUUGCCGCCGAACAACCAACUUACUUAUUACAUCAUGGAAGGAAACAUGGAAAGUGGGUGUUUUACAUCUGACGCAGAUUUUGACAACAGCACGCGUAAAACUACAAACAGAAUAUGUCGCUUAAACAUCUAUUAAUG